AGGGAUUAUUCCUCUGCAGGUUGUUUCCUCGUCCACUCCGCAACACCCAUCCCCCCCACAGCCGCCGCUGGCGGCGGAGGGAUACACGGUAUAUAUGUAGGAGCGCGGGGGGAAGCGCGCGGCAAUCGGCGCCAGUGGGCUCGCGAGGCGUGGAGCAGUAGCUCGUUUCCGCAGCUAGCGUGCAUUCCUGUCCCAUCGCUUGCCAUGGCUGACCAGCUGACUGAAGAACAGAUUGCUGAGUUCAAAGAGGCAUUUUCCCUCUUUGAUAAAGAUGGUGAUGGCACCAUCACAACGAAGGAGUUGGGGACUGUAAUGAGGUCUUUGGGUCAGAAUCCUACUGAAGCAGAAUUGCAGGAUAUGAUAAAUGAAGUUGAUGCUGAUGGUAAUGGAACUAUUGAUUUUCCUGAGUUCUUGACCAUGAUGGCUAGGAAAAUGAAGGAUACAGAUAGUGAAGAGGAAAUUCGUGAAGCAUUCCGUGUAUUUGACAAGGAUGGUAAUGGCUAUAUCAGUGCGGCAGAGCUGCGUCACGUUAUGACGAACCUAGGUGAGAAAUUGACAGAUGAAGAAGUAGAUGAAAUGAUUAGAGAAGCAGAUAUUGAUGGUGAUGGUCAAGUCAACUAUGAAGAAUUCGUACAGAUGAUGACUGCAAAAUGAAGACUUUUACCUUUCCCCUUCCUAGAAAAGUUGAAAUCUUUUACUUACCUCUUGCAAAAUGUUCAUUUAUUCAUUCUGUUUCUGUAUAGCAAAAGUUACUGAAUGUCAAAAAAUAAAACCUGUCCACAAACUCUGCAUGUAAAAUGAUCAGUGGUCCUGUCCCCAAAGAUCUUCAAGCCAUGCAUCAGUAAAACUUGUACUACCUUAAAAACAAAGCAAUUGGACUCUAUGAAGUUCCAUGCUAAUAACUACACUGUUUGGGCUGGCCAGUUUUUCAUGCAUGCAGCUUGACAGUUGAGCACAUCCUGGCUCUUAAUUCCACUUUAUGUUCUUUGUGGGAAUAGCUUAGUUUUUUCCAGUUGUAUAUUGUACAGGAUAAUUGUUCCUGAAAAGUUGGUUAAUUUUGUGUGCUACGGCAAACUACAAUAGAGGGUUGUAAUUGUGUGACGGCCCCUGGAGUGGAAUCGUUCUUAUAUUUAACAGUGUGCUCAAACAAUUACCAGGACUGAAGAUCUUAUUUUAAAUAUUAAAAAAAAAGGAUGGCAUGUCUGUAUAAAACUUGGUUAAAGUGUCUGCAUUGCACUAUAGUGAAACGGAUGUCAGGCAAUUUACCGUUCACUGAAUUUUUAAAUGACCUAUGAAAAAGGGGGUGUCUUGAACUCUCAUGUUUAUCUUCUGUUCUAUACCAUAACUUGGAGCCAUCAGAUUAUAUACAGUGCCUUGUAAAAGUAUUCAGUCCUCAACUCUUUAGUUCACAUAAAUGAGUAUUACAAACAGGGAUUUUGGUCAAUUUCAUGGAGAAUUUGUAUCUGAAUCAUGCUCUAUUCCCCCACAAUAGAGUCCCCAAAAAAACGGAAAAUUGCAAAGCAUGAUAAACUAAAAUUAUUAUUUUUUCUAAAAACUGAAAUGUCAGCACUUCAAAAGUAUUCAUUCCCCUUUGCUCAUACUUGGUCGAACCACCUCCUGCAGCUAUUACAGCCACAAGUCUUUUUAAGAUUUGCACAACUUAAAGAUAUGCCAGUUCCUUACAAAAUUGCUCAAGCUGCUGGGUUAUUUGGGCAGCAGGGGUAGACAACUAUCUUGAGGUCUUGGCAGAGAUAUUGGAUCAAGGUAGGUCAGGAAUCUGGGGCACUUGAUAUCAAUUUUUUUUAUUAGUAGCUACUGUGUGGUUGCUCUGGCAAUACUGUGGGCUGUUGUCCUGUGGAAACACUCUUCCUCCCCAGUUUAAGCUUUCUGAAAAUUUACACUUCAGUCUCACCUGACCACAGAUCUUCCAUCUUUACAGUAUGUUCUAAGUGAUGCUGUGAUUUCACAUUUUUCCCUAUAUUUUCAUGAAGGACUGCACUGAGCUCUGAGAUACAGUAUGGUAUAAUAUGUUCAGUGCCUUUGAGAUGGUCUUUUCUUUCCCUUCCCCAGAUUCUCUAAUAUCAUUUCCCUGACUUGUCUUUAUAAUACUGUCUUUUGUCUUUAUAAUACUGUUGGACCUUACAUGGAGGCAUUCUUAUGAAUUCAUUUAAAACAGGUAAUCCUUCGAUUUUCUACAUUGAGUUAAUAGGUAAUGUACAAUAUUGCAUCUAAGGAAAGAGCAUAGCAGUUAAAGGGGAUGAAUACUUUUUCAGCCUUAAACAUUUUGGUUUUAAUUUUUAAGGUUUUGGAAUUAGUUUUGAUUUUAAAUGAUGCACAAUGUUUUGUAGAUUAGCUCAAAAUCCUAUUUAAAUAUAUUUUAAAUCUAGAAACAGUAAAAUAUGAAAAUAGUUGAGUUCUGAAUACUUUUUCAAGGCACUAUAUCUACAUAGGACUUCAGCACAAUGACGACAUGGCUGUUCAGCAAAUUACAAUUAUGUUCAUUCCAAGUUGUAAAUGCUAGUCUUUUUUCCAAUAAAAGACCAUUAACUUAAGUCUCUUGGGUGCCAAAAUUAUUUGCUAUUAAUUAUUUGCACAAACUGUACAUGACUUCAAAUUGUUGGAUUUUCAUAAUGACCACUGCUUCAACCUAAAACCAGUAAGUAAAUAUUUGUAAUACAUGAUUUUAUUAAUGACUUUUUGGUGGUCUUAUUUGCAAAAGCUGAUAUGCAGCAAAACCAAACCACAUGUAAUUUAAUGUUGGUAUGUCCUGAUUUAAAUUUCUUAAGUUAAAUGGUCACUAGUUAAUUGCUGCAAAUUAUACAUUCGUACCAAACCAAGCAAUUUCCAAUUUUUUUAAAAAAAAGGUUCAAGUCUUCCUGCUGUAUGGGAAAAUUCAAGGUUUUGAAAACUUAAGUAACAAUGCUAAACUGUGUUGGCUGUUGAAUUUGUCAUCCUUUCAGGUAACUGCAGAAAUGUAUACUUUGGCCUAUCUCUUUGCACACUGCUAUCAAGGGUGUUAUUUCUUCCUUGACCUGAGGUGUCUUUAAUGUUUAAAAGCUGAAGAAUAGUUAUGGAAGUCUGCUGCUAAUCAAAUGGAAACUGGAAAUGAUACAAAACAAGGCCUGCUUGCCCCUUCCGUGCUUCCAUCCCCAUUUGUAUCACCUUAAAACCCAAGGUUCUUGAUAUUUUAUAGGGUUGGAUUACAUUCCUCCCUUCCUCCCAAUUCGGACAGUGCAUAGGCCUGGGGGUUCUUGAGGGCAGCUUCAUCCUUACUGGUUGCAGAUGUGCAGUUCCAGUCCUGCAAGUACUCAUUAGCAUUCUUGAAUUUGAACCACAGCCAAGGCCAUAAUAAACUGGCACUGAACUGUUUAUCUGAAGAUGUAAUUGUUUUUGGGAUUGAUAAUGAUGCAUCUGAAAUAUUGUAGGCAGGUUGUAUGCUGAUAGUGCAUCUUUCUUGAUGCUGUUAGAUGUGGAGAUGCUCGUUUCUCAAACGUGUUAUCAGAUGAAAUUUAAUGUUGCUAUGUUGUAAAUAUGCAGACCAAACUUGAUGCUUUCUGUAUUAAAGUUUUAGCAAAAGCAACACCAAUAAACUGAGCCAGUAGUGCUAUUUGUGAAUA